AAUAUGUUUUUAACACUUUCGCGCGAGCACCGUCAUUGGACGUCAAAAAUUGACCAAUGUAGCUCGACACAACGUCUAAACACGUCUUCACAACAAUGCAUAAUAAGGGUACAACGUUUGUAAACGUCGGCUGCCCUUACUUUACUCCUAUAGCUACGUCAUUGCGUCACAACACGGCUCAAUUUGAAAUCCCUAGCGCCACGCAAAGUCGAUAUUUUUAUAUUUUCUGUAGGGCUCACUCACACAUAUGCAAGUGUUCUCACGCACACAUACAACGUCAAUGGACGUCGCCCACUCCUAUCCCCGCGGUACAUUCAGUUCACCUGCGCACGCGAAAAGGGUAACGCGCGUGCAGUUUUGCAGCGGCCGAGAUUUUAUAUUCGCAACGGCGGUUCUGUGUCAAAGUAAGUACAUUUUUAAUUGAUUUUGAGUGUAAGUUUGUAAUCAAAAGUUAUGUUACGGAUAGUAAGUGUUAUCUUCUACGUAUAUCAAAGUAAUUUAAUCGUUUUAUUCGUAGAUGAAUAAGAAAAAACACAAGAAAUUUAUGAAGGUGUUUGAAUCAUCUUCGUCACGGGAGUCAUCAGCAGACCCAUAUGAGGACGAUGGAGAGUUUGGGUCUGAUAAGGACUACGAUCCAGUCGAUGAGCAGCAUAACGCUAGCGACAGUUCCGUAAGUGUUAUUGCUUCAACUUCAGACAAUUAUGAAGAGGACUCCUCAAGUUGUGAGAGUAUUUUUGAAAUUCGUAAACGUAAAAAUUCCUCACGUAAACUAGUACGGUCUCGCUCUCGGGUGAAAAAACAACAAUCACAACCACCGAGACGCAAUUCAAGCGUAGAUACGGAUACUGCUGAUACGAUUUCAAUAGAUUCUAUGCAUAAUUACAUAUUGGACACACUUGAGACAUCGCCAGUUCCCGAUCCCGUGGCAAUGGAGGGCAAUCCUCUUGCCUCGCCGGAGGUGGAGGAUAGCUUACCACCGCACCCUUCGCCGCCUCCUGUAGCGAUAGACGGUAAUGUAUCUCCACCAGCGACGCCACCUCCUGACCCCGUGGAGCUAGAGAGAGACCCAUCACCGCACGAAUUACAACCUCCUGAUUUAGAUGAAAUGGAGGGCAACCCGUCACAACAUGCUCCACCCUCUCCCGAUCGCCCGAACGCCGCACCACCUCAAGUUCUCGAGCAAAUAGAGGGCAAUCCACCGCCGAACGCCUCACCGCCUCCCGGUCCCGAGGAGAUAGAGAUCAACCCGUCCUCUAUCGCAUCGCUUCCUCUUAAUCUUGAAGGAAUGAACGGUAAUAUGUCAUCUCACGGACCGCCAACUCCUGAGCUCGUGGAGAUAGAAGAAAACCCAACACCGCUUCCUAAUGUCAUGGGCAAUGAGGGCAACGCACCAGGCACGGCAACGCUUCCUGGUUCCAGGGGAGUAAGGAGUGACCCAUCGCCUGAUGAACCUUCUACUCCUCCGUUAUCAACACAUGUCUCUCGCAACCGUACUCGAAGUAACCCUUCAACAAGUAGACGAGGUCCAAGGCGCAGAACUCCUCCUAGAGACGAUGUUUGGGAAAAUACAACUGCGGAAAUACCUACUUUUGAUUUCGACACUAUUUCUGCAGGUGUUCAAUUUGAUUUAGGACCAAACGCUUCAGUUAAAGACGUUUUUGAUAAAUUAUUUCCUACGCACAUUGUGGACUUCAUAGUAGCAAGAACAAACGAAUAUGGAAGAGCUCUCUGCGCUGCAAACAGGCCUACAACUAGAAACUCGCGUCGUUAUAGAUAUAAAGACACCGACCGCAAAGAAAUACAGGAAUUUUUGGGGCUAUGUCUUCUUAUGGGUCAUAUUAAUGUCCCUAAAAAACGAAAACUUUUCACCUACAGCGAUCCCCUAUACUAUCAUCCGAUUUUUGGGUAUAUCAUGUCUGGGCGCAGAUUCGAACAAAUAUUGCGAUGCCUGUGUGUAUCUGAGUUAAACGCACCAGGAAAAGAAAAAAUCGUAAGAUUCAUAGAUGCUAUUACUAAGAAUUUCCGUGAUUGCUACAAGCCUACUAAAGAACUCUCUUUGGAUGAAUCGUUACUUUGGUUUCGCGGGCGUUUAUCAUUUCGGCAGUAUAUUAAGUCUAAGAAGGCGCGUUAUGGGAUAAAGUUCUACGAGUUGACUACUUCUGAUGGUUUCGUCCUCAAUAUUUUCAUGUAUGCAGGAAAUGAUGAAGAAGUAGAAAAAGGGAAAAAGACUGAAAAAAUUGUCAUGCGACUGAUGGAUCCGUAUUUAUUGAAAGGGCAUCAUUUAUAUAUGGAUAAUUACUAUAAUUCUGUGACAUUAUCGCAAAAGCUUUUAGAUUUAGAAACGCAUACAACUGGAACUUUACGCAGCAACCGGAAAGACAACCCAAAAGAGGUUACCCAAAAGAAACUAAAGAAAAACCAACAUGUUUGGACACGUAAAAACAAUGUGUAUGUCUCUAAAUGGGUUGAUAAAAGGCCUGUACUAAUGAUAACUACUUGUAAUCAUCCCAAACUAAUAGAGGUGUCAAAUAGAUAUGGUGUGAGUCGCAUGAAGCCAGAGGAAGUGUCUCAAUACAAUCAGUUUAUGUCGGGUAUUGACCGCGCAGAUCAAAUGGUAUCUUACUAUUCUUCACCAAGAAAGACCUUGAGAUGGUACAGAAAGGUAUUCUUUCACGUAUUGGAUCUUGCAGUAUGGAACAGCUUCUUCAUAUACAGAAAAUAUUGCAAGAACAACAGCAAGAAAUACGAAUUCGUGACGUACCGGGAAGAUUUGAUAAGGCAACUAAUAAACCUAACUCCAAACAUUAAGCCCGAGAUACUAAUGAAACACAACAAGUACGAUAAUCGGUUAAAAGAAAGAACAGAAUUUGUGGCAUCUGUGGGUACUGUAAAUACAGGAAACCUUAGUCACUGGCCUGAAAAAAUUCCAGUCAGAGCUAACUCUAAGAAGACAUCCAACUACAUGAAAUGCAGAAUGUGUACUAAGAAGAAAAUUAGAAGGGAGACUUGCCUGAGGUGUAAGGGAUGUGAGGAAAAGCCAGCCCUGUGCGCUAUAUGUUUUGAAGAAUGGCACAACCAAUCCUAAUUUUUCAAGCAUGUUAUAAUCAAAAUAACAUUGCUGUUGCUUCUGGGACUGAUUAAUGUUACGAUUACUCUUGAAUGUUUCAAGUUUU